GCUCCCUGAGCAUCCUCCCCGCGCCCCUCGGUAUCCACGCUUCGCCAUGGCCAAGGCCACCGACGUCCUCGUCUUCUGGUUCGCUUGCCUCCUGCUCUUGGGUCCGGCGAGGGUGGCGGCAGGUCUCUAUAAUCUUAGUCUUACUGCUGACGGUCCUGCUACCGUGGGCACCGAAGUGACCAUCUCAGCCAGCCUGGAGGUCAAGGACAAUGGAAGCCUGCCCCUGCCUGCAGACACCCACCUCUACCGUUUCCACUGGAUCCACACACCUCUGACACUCACUGCCAAGAAUGAGAAGAAUCUAACCUCGACCAUCCACGUGGUGGGCGGCGUGCCUGGGGACUUCCCAAUCUCUGUCUGGGUUACUGCUGUCGACUGUUGGGUGUGCCAGCCAUUAGCCAGGAGCACUCUACUCCUCCCCAUUAAAGAGUCCCUUGUGGGAAACAUUGUCGUUACCCAGAACACCUCCCUGUCUUGGCCGAACUCCUACAUCACCAAGAGAAGUCUUAGACUGUCCUUUCUUCUCCAUGACCCAAGCGACUUCUUCAAGUCCGCUUCCUUCUUUUACCGAUGGGACUUUGGAGACGGGACCUUGUUGAUAACUGACAACCCUGUGGUGUAUUACAACUACUCGAGCCCUGGAACCUUCACAGUGAAAGUCAGGGUGGUGGCAGAAUGGGAGCAGAUAAAGCCAGACACCACAAAGGGCACUAUACAGAAGACUGGUGACUUCUCAGCAUCGUUGGAUCUGCGGGAGUCGCUUCAAGGCAUCCAGAUUUUGGGGCCCACCCUCCUGCAGACAUUCCAAAAGCUGACAAUGAACCUGAACUUCUUCGGAAGCCCACCGCUGCAUGUGUGCUGGGGUCUCAAGCCGCAGUGUCUCCCACUGGAGGACAGAGAAUGCCACGCUGUGUUGGUGACUCGGACAUCUUUUAACCUGACCCACGUCUUCCAGGACCCCGGGGACUACUGCUUCAUCUUCCGUGCUGAGAAUGCUAUCAGCAAGGCUCACCAGUACCACAGGAUUCAGGUGUGGCCCUCCAGCUUCCAGCCAUUUGUCUUUGCUUUCCCGUGUGCCACGCUAAUCACCGUGCUGCUGGUUUUUCUCAUGUAUAUGACUGUGCGGAGCGCUGCAACCCAGAAGGACAUCGUGGAGAGCCCAGGGGCCACUGGGCUCAAGUGUUGCUGCCAGGUGUGCUGUGGAUCCCUCUUUCUGGACUCCCCGUCUGAGUACCUGGAAAUCGUCCGAGAGAACCACGGGCUGCUUCCACCCCUCUACAAACCUGUGAAAACUUACAAUGUGUGAACUCCCAUCCCAUACCUCUCAGUAUUCACCGAUCACCCAUCGGGAGCUUCGGGCAGGGUGGCCUAUGCUACUGAGCAGGAGGGGUUUACACCGGGGUGACCGUUUGCCCAGACGGGUCACCGAUCUGUACAGUCCAGCUGACAUCAUUCGUCCUUUGUGUCGCCUCCCCACUGUCAUCUACUCAUCCGUACAGUCUAGUCAGUGCUGUAAGCUGUUCCCAGUCACCCUCCCCCACCCCCUCUACCAAGCAGGAUUCUGAUCUUUGGUGUGUUGUGUUAAGACUCUCCCAAGUGGGUCUGGCUGCCCCUUGCCCAUUGCUCACUGGGGACUACUGAGGUCCCUGGCAAUGCAGCUCCGCCCAAGCCAGAAGGAACGAGGAAGGAGGUCACAGAUGGUUAAGGACAGAUAGUGAAAGAUAACACGAUCAGAUAGAUGGGCUCGAUUACAGCAAGGAAGGGCACACGUGGAGGUGAUGGAGCACCUGAGAUGAUUUGCUGCGUAUCUGGAAGGCUUGUUGCUGGGAUGGAUUUGAACUAGACCUCAAAGGUGGCACCCGAGCCUGGCCUCCCUUGCCCUCUGUCCUUUGUCUCUACAGUCCCAUGACCAGGCCAUUCUGUACCCCCCCCCCCCGCCUGCUUGCUGGAAGCUGGGUGGGGGGUGGGGGCAGAAUGAGCACCCUGUGAGUGUAGAAUGUUUUGUAAGUGGAUCCUCUUUCCUUGAAAUCUGUAAGCUCAAUGUCCACCGAGGAAAAAGUAAUUGGGGGCAAAUAAAAGAAAGGUUGAGAUAGAGAGGAUUUGGGAUAGCAGCCUCGUACUACUCAGUCUUGAUGUCUGCCCCCCUCUCUCUGUCUCUCUUUCUCUUUCUGUGUGUGGGUGUGUAUGUGCUUGUGUGUGUGUAGUGUAGUGUGAUACCUUACCCACUCAGUUACUCCCAAGGUAGCAGAAGAAAAAAAGCAGGAGGCAGACGAUGCUUUGAAAGAUGAUAAAAGAUGAUCAGGAGAAGCCUGGCAUGGUGGUGCACACCUUUAACCUCAGCACUCGGGCAGCAAAGGCCGGUAGAUAUCAGAUCAGAGUUCAAGGUCAGCCUGCUCUACAUAGUGAGUUCCAGGACGUCCAGAGUCACAUAGGGAGUUCCUGUCUCAAAAAAAGGGAGGGAGGAAGGAAGGAAGGAAGGAAGGAAGGAAGGAAGGAAGGAAGGAAGGAAACAUGGUACGUAGGUGUGGCUGUAAGCUUCCAGGCUUCCCCUGGUACCCGGCAUGCCAGGGUAGCCUGCACCUGCAGGAUAAGGAUGAUCAAGUCUGGGAAGGUAGAUCUCGUGUCACUGUAACUGUUGGCCCUUGGAUAUCCUGCUGAAAUAGUAUUGUCUCUUGUACCGUUCAUUCCCAUGACAUGCCACCAUUGUUCUUGAAUAAAGGCUCCACCAAGCACA